AUGGCAUCCGACAAGAAUCCCAUCGACGCCCUGAAAGAGUCCAAGCCCCUGGCAACCGAUCCAUUCACAUACCUCACAAUCAUCGGCGAGGUCAUCUCUCCCGAAGUCCUCCCAACACUAUACGAGAUUCUCCAAGAUGCCAAACUCACACAAGAGAUUGGCUGGGACUUGGUCGAGAUGUUGAUAGCUGUGGAAGGAAGCGAACAGUGCCUGCAGACGGUUGCGCAACUGGGCAACCCGCGCGAGGUCAUCAUCAAGAUACUCGAGGUCCUGGGCGAUCUCAGUGGCGAUGGAGAUGAUCCUAGUGACAGGACCUCAGCAAACAAGUUUGUGACCCUCCUGGGCAUGCUCGGGAUCCUCCACAAGCGAUUGUCGGUCAAAUACCCCUCGCGCUUCUUGCACUCGACGCUGCAAGCCAUCUAUCGUGCCUACCGACCCGACAGCCCAGAGGCCACGGCUGCUAUCAUCACCUUUGUCCGCUCCCAGACUGCAGAGAAGCGACCGCCGCUCCCUACGCGCAAGUCCAGCACCGCACUCGACACCACCUUUGGGAAGUCUGACGCGAGCAAGAACGCGCCCGAUCCAGAGGCUGAGAAGGUGGACGAGACUGCACCAUCCGAGCCUGACCUGGUGAAGAGGCUUCUCCAAUCAUUCAUAAUCACCAUCAUUGAGGCGUACGUCAACAGCAAUAAUUUAGAAUGGGCGUCCAGACUUCUGGAGUAUUACAACCCGGAGAGGAUUGUCGCCAGGAAGAGCAUCAUGAAAGCCUUCAAGGAGACCGAAGAAUUGUUGCAACGUGACGCUUUGAUCGGACAGCUCGCAGGUGUCGCCAGAGACCUGGGCCUCACGGGAAUCCAGUCUCUUUCGCUCGAAGCAGUCUUCGAGGAACCUCUGAUCGCCAAUCCUUUGGCCGCCGACCUGGAUGAUCUGGACAGUCCAAGCAAGGUCAAGCUCUCCACAGGAGGCGUGUGGUGCCUCGUAGCCUACUGGCUCUUCUCGUCGGAGGUCUUUGAAACGAACCACGACCAGAUCCAGAUGACCAUGCUGCCAGAUCACCACAAGCUACUCAAGCGCUUCGUCGGCGACGAACCCCAGGAGCAGAUCAGCAGCAAUCAGGGCACUGCCGAAGCGCUCCUCGUCAUGGGCCUCUGGCUCGACAACGCCAAACGCGUCUCCGGGCAAGGGGCAACGCCGGCCGACUUUAUGCCCUACCACCAUCUCCUCACCAUCAUCGCCGCCUUCCACCCGUCGUUAAACUCUCGCAACGUAGCAAACACGCUGGCGGGCCUCGUGUUGCACGCCGAUCCAGACGACGAAGGACGACUCAAGAUACUCGAGGAUCUCCUCGAGAACUGCAUCUUCUCGGCUUUGCAGGCAUCGGCGGUCUCGUGGCUCAGGGAAGAAAUCCUAAUCGCUCACAAGACGAGAGCAACAAACGCCUUCUCAGGGCCUGAAGCGCUAGACACUCUUCAGUACCUGUUGUUUCCCAGCCUGGCGCAACUCAAGGAACAGGACGUCGUCUCGCAGUGGGAUUUCUGGGCGCAAAACCACCCCUAUCACCUCCAGGUGGCCAACUUUUUAUACUUUUUGUUCAAAGGACAGGAUUUCAAGCAUCUCAUUCCCGCUGGCAUGGGCGCUGCCAUUGAGCAGCGCUACGUCGAGCCGUUGUUGCAGACUGCCAAGAAGCUUCGUGAGGCUAUCGACAAAGGCGAGAUUGAUGACCAGGGGCUAGGCAACGAGGCUGUGAUGCAGCUAGACGUCCUCAGCCUCAACCUAGAGGGACUUUCACUGUCGUAA